UUGGUAGCCGCUUCCUCUUGUGGUACUUCUCUGAGCUAGAAUAAGGGUGCCUUCUGAAUCUUGGAUUCAGCCACUCUACCAGCUAGAAGCCUGCCAGGGACAAAGCAGUAAGCAGGUCAUUCAUUCCCAGGCUUUGAGAUCUGCGUGGAGGAGCUCUUGAAGCAGCCCCAGCAAGCAGACGAGCGAGGCAGAAUGGCGUGGUCCAGGCUGAUGCUGGCAGCUUGCCUCCUUGCGAUGCCCUCUAAUGUUGCAGCAGACUGCCUGUCCCUGUGCUCCCUGUGUGCCGUGAGGACUCAGGAUGGGCCCCAUCCCAUCAACCCCCUGAUUUGCUCCCUGGAGUGCCAGGACCUGGUGCCGCCCUCAGAGGAGUGGGAGACAUGCCAGGGCUUUUUGUCUUUUCUCACUCUGUCUGCCUCUGGGCUCCGCAGCCAGGAUGACUUGGAGAAUGAGGUUGCUUUAGAAGAAGGCUACACCGCACUGACCAAGCUCUUGGAGCCCCUCCUGAAGGAACUGGAGAAAAGCCGACUCCUUACCAGUGUCCCAGAGGAAAAGUUCAGGGGUCUCUCCGGCAGGUUUGGCAACAGAGAAGAACCUGAGCUGACCGGUCCUGACCAGAUGAAUGACGAAGCCGCACAGGCUGGCACGCUCCGUUUCAGUGAGGAGGACUUGAGGAAACAGGCCAAACGCUAUGGUGGCUUUUUGCGCAAAUAUCCCAAGAGGCGCUCCGAGAUGGCCAGGGAUGAGGACGGGGGUCAGGAUGGGGGUUGGGUAGGGCAUGAGGACCUGUAUAAACGCUAUGGGGGCUUCCUGCGGCGCAUUCGCCCCAAGCUCAAGUGGGACAACCAGAAGCGCUAUGGCGGUUUCCUGCGGCGUCAGUUCAAGGUGGUGACUCGCUCCCAGGAGAACCCCAAUACCUAUUCUGAAGAUUUAGAUGUUUGAUGCAUGACACUCGUCCUCCGCGGAGUUGGGUCUGCCCCCUCCCUAUGCUAGAGCCCACUGCUCCAUCCUCUUGUACGUGUUCCCCUGCUCGCUCCAUUCAGCACCCCCAUGAAAACAUCUCAGCCCAGCCCGCCCGUCCCCCCUCUGCAGUGCAAUGCUUGUUUGCAGGCAGCGACAGGACAGGGAAGAGUCGAGAUCCCCUGCCCACAGGCCCAGUGUCUGGCUCAAACCCCUAGACCGCUAAACUACCAUUACUAGUGGCAGCUUUUGACAUCAGCCCAACUUCUCCGUCCCUGUGACCCCCUCACCACCCCAGAAUCCAGAGAAACUUGGUCUUUGUACCUAUAGGUCUGUGGUUGCCAAACUUCACUGAUUACUUGCUCCUUUCAGCAGAAAGAUAAGCACUCCUUGAUAGGAUUGCAUGUGAACCGUGAGACAGACAGUGAAGAAACAUCAAACCAGAUAGAUGCAAACGAAGAUCCUAAGGGUGUUCGCAGCGGCAGACGUUCUCCUUAUGCGCCCUACUCUGGAGGGCACAGGCUAAAUGAAAAGCCUUUCCACAGACAGGGAUUAUAACCCUAGAGAGGCCAGGCCUCUAGCAUGCUAAUUGUCUGUGCAUCCAGAGACUUCAUGAUUUCAAACAUGUCCUGGAACAGCCCAGCUCCUAGAGCCCUGGUUAGGGCGGUGCCUUUCCCAAGAGUGAAAGAAAUCCUGAUGAAAAGCCAUCUUUCUGAAGGCUGAAAUGAUAAGCGGGGAGCAAAGCAAACUAAUUCGUUCUAUACAACAAAUUCAGAAUUUGGGCCAGUUCCCGCAGCCCUCAUUAAAAACGAUCAGUAUCGCGCUUCUAGCCCAGGAGGAACUGAAUCGGAGUGGAGCUGGAUGCGGCUGAGCGCAGCUGUGUUCUUCAGUAGUCGGCUUGGCUGCGGGAGCCUGAGCCAUUUGGCCCGGCAUAUGCACUGGCACUGGGAAAGGGGAUCCAAAAGCAGUAGCCAAGGGAGAGACUGUCCCACCUCACGGCUACAGAGAGCCUCAGUCUCUGUCUCCAAAGAAAAGCAGCAGCAGAAGAAAACAACGGAGUGUUUAGGAGCAAGUAGGCUCACUGGAUUCCAAAAACCCGUAAUCACAGGCAAGAUCCUCUUUGGUUUCAUCUCCCCAUCUCCAGGCAGAUAUUUACAGGAUAGGUUAAGGACAUGGGGCUGGACGGGAGAGGAAACAGACUGGGUUUUCAUCUUUGAUGGGAAGCAGACUGGAUUUGCAUAUUUGCAAACGAUAUCUUGAGUGUUCCUCUCCACACAUGGGCCACAGCCUGUAGGGUUCUUCAUGUGUUCUGAAAUGUGUAGACUGUUUGACAGUGACUUGUGUGCUGCUUAAAAAAAAAAAAAUCACAUUUAUCCAGCUUACUUGGAAUAUUUGAGUUCUUAAUAGGUCUGUGUAGUUUCCUGCUUCUCUGGUAUAAUAAAUAAAGUUAAGCAU